AUGUCGAAUGACGAUUGGGUAUCCUUUUCUCUUCGCCAUGGCUUAGUAGAAACCUGUGAUGCCCUUCUUACUUCCAUAAAGUAUUGGAAGGAGGAAUUCUUUUUUGUUUCUUCUACCGCUUUUGAUGGGCCUAUGGUGUAUGGUGCUACUGCUGAUAGAACUGCAUACCCUUCUUCUGAUCUGGCUCCCGAAGAACAGAGUACUAUGAAUCUUUUAUUAGAGAAUUUUGUGAAAUGGACUGAUGCCGAAGAAAUAAUGCUAGGGGUGGCGAGUAUGAGUUCCUACUGGAAAUUUUUUGGAAGGAAGCCUAUGGAAACCCUAGCAUGUCAUGAAGUUACUUUGUUAGAACAGUUGCAUCGCAAACACUUGGCGAGCUAUGCGUUGGUUACCGAGGAAGCCACCAUUCCUAAUUCUCCUUCUCAAUUGGAGUCUAGUAUGGAUUCCAUGAUGCAUAUUACUGGUCAGGAUAUGAACUUGCCCGUUAUUCCUUCCCCUUCUAAGAAAUAUUGUGAAAACAUAAUCAGACAGUAG